AUGUUCAACAAACAUACAACCACACUCCUGGCAGCUACACUACUGCCCCUCGCCAGUGCGUAUCAGCUCACGUUCUACGCAGGCUUCGACUGCAAUGGCGAGAGGCUCGAAACCCGACAAGCCGAUCAAGACGGUACCUGCUAUGACGCGGAGUACCUAGGGGGUAAUACUAACUCUGUCAACAUUAUUAAAGAAGUCGGUGACGACCCUAACUCUAUUGUCGCCUUCUACCCCCGCGACGUUGACUGCAGACCCGGCGACUCCAUUUCGGCUGGCAAUACGGGUUGUGUCAACGUCUACCAAGACGAUCAGUUCUUCGGCGGUUACAACGUCAUCAGCGGUGAAUUCAAGCGCAGAGACGUUCAAGAAGAGGCACCAGCGGAGCCAAAGUCUGCCCUGGGCAUUACUCACGGCGACUUCUUCGAGCUUGACGGUGAACUCUGGCGCUGGAAACAGAUCGCCCUCGAUGCCUUCUCUGGUGUUAAACCUGAGGAUUGGGCAGGUGAGGUUCGUGUGGCCAGCUUUGCGCCUCUCGAGUUUAGCCGAGACUAUCCUUUCAACUUCACAGAAUACGAUCUCAAGCAUCCCUCGUCAACCCCGCAAGAACGUGCCAUCGUGGCUGAUGCUCGAGACGAACCGGGCUUCAGUCCUGUUCAGUCGAGUGAGCUAGCAGAGCUCGUACCACGUCAACGCGACAUCUGCCGCAGGGUUCGAGACUGUGUCUACGGCUUCCCUAUUUUGGCCAACUUCUACUUUCCCGCGCAAACAGAAGCCGUAGUCAACAUGGUUAACGCUGCCAAACCUGCAGCGCAGUCUAUCUGGCGCUUCCUCAACAACCCGUACAUCGCCAACUUCCCAACGGGCAUAGCCACUGGUGCCAUCGGCAUGUAUUUUUCUGGCACUGCACCAGGCUGUUCUCCUAAUGAUGAGUCGGAAGCUGUUCGCACCACCAUCAACGAAGGAACCACUGCCUCCAGCCGUGUUAGCGCAUGUUCUACUGAGGUCUACGGAAACCCCGGUUAUCCAGGUACGCUCAGCACUGUCAUUGUACCUCCCGAGCAGCGAGGUACUGGAAUCUGCAACACCCCUGUUACAGAUCCUUCGCCAGGAAGGUUUGCGCUCUCGCGUCAUAAGCGCGCGCUGUACUCCAAUGUCCCCGGUUUCGAAGAGUGGGUGAAGACGAAGGACUUCUCUAUUUGA